CACGAUAAAGAACUGGAAACGUUAUUACAUGAAACCCGAGAAGAUGCUUCGUCCAGUUUUUCUUGCCCUCGUGGCUCUCGCAGCCAUAGUGGCUGCAGUUGAAGGCCAGUCAACCCCUCCAAGCGCCAUUGGCAGCCCUGUUAUGGCAUACGCUAAGCUUACUAGGUCCCCUGGCGUGAAGACGUCAGGUGGCACGGGCACCGCCACGCUUACCUUGCCGCGCCCAGACAAGGGUAAUGCUACUCUAACUGUCAGCUUGUCAGGCUCCAUGAAGAACGUCACAAUGGUGCACUUGUACUCGAAAAACUCCACUGCCAACCCAAUCCUCUACGACGUCCUUCCCCGCACCACCUCUGGAAAGCCCGUCUCGCUCGACCCACCCGUGUCCUUUACCGGCGGCUUCUACUUCAGCGUUCCCAUUACCCUGGACCACAUCCAAAUGUGGAGCAAGGACAUGAACUGGCUCGGCUUCCUGUACCAGCUGCAGCUAGGAGAGAUGUACAUCAAAGUCCGCACCGUCGCUAACCCGGGUGGCGAAAUCAGGGGCCAACUGCAGUGCGCCAGCAACCCCUGCGCCUGGCCCAUGUGCGGUGUGACCCCCACCACCCACUGUUAAGCAGCUCGAGUCCAGGGAAGCCAUCUGACGACAUUGUGGCCGUAGGCUUCGCGCUGGGGGCCUGAACGGGCCUCCAUCUCUUAUAACUUGCUUUUAAACCGGUGUACUGCUCCGGCCGCGUUUAGGCGGUUUAGUUUGUUUGGUCAGGGAAAGAGGAGUCGGCGGUGGGAUGGUUGUGUGCAAUUGAUGAUGAAGCCCUGGGGCCAUGGCUGGAAAGAGGCCAUGCGAGCUGUCGCAAAUGGGGUGUGGACACUGUUUUGCAAAGGGAUAUGCCAGAGGAGAGCGCUGUCGGGUAUCGAAGAUCACUGCAGGUGGUGUUGGUUGAUGGGAGGAGGUUGCUGGUGUCUACACCGGUAUGUUGUAGAGCGCGCCGAAGAUGCAUGUUGUGUAUUGGCAUACAAGCAUUCGUUCACUUGUGUUCGUUCGUACGAGCUUCGGCAGCCGCACCAGGCAUCAGCAUACGCGGGCGACUGGAGGGUUGAAGAAAGCAGUUUGUUUGUGGUGGUGUCGCUCCCAUCCCCCACAUCUCGUAUUGCAGCACACAUCAGUACUAUGGGCAUGGCACACCGGUGAAGCGGGCGAGCGAUGCGGUGGCUCUUGUGGGGUUUGUAAUGGUAGGUGGUUUAAAGUCGUCAAAGCGUGAUCAGUCGUCGGCAUGUGUGUCCGUGCACAUGUUGACUUGUACGACAAUCGAUUCAACUGCCAGCAGCAGUCUGUCUGGCUUGCUCCUACAGGUAUUUAUUCCUCCGUAUCUGUCGUAUGACUCUCGUUAAGUGUAGUGAUCCCUGUGUGGGGAUAUACUUCAUAAGUGUCUGGCAUUUGGAUUUGGCUGUGAUAGCGAGCUGUACGGAGUUGUAGCAAGGAGGUACAGCCAAUGGUGGCUGGCCGCAUGAGGAGAAUGUUAAGAAGGUAGUACAUAGUACGUCCAACGUGCGAAGUUCUCACGAGGGUCACGACUUGUAUUCGUUUUUGUAGCAGCACGUGAAACAUAGCUCUAAUAUCUAGCCUAAAAUUUGCCGGAAUAGCGUAUGUGGCAUCACGAAGGCGUGACGGUGGUUGGGAGUGACGGUGGUUGGUGGUUGGGAGUACCUUUGUACCUCUUUUGGUCUUUGGCGCCAGAAAAGGCCCAAAGUAACCACUUGGCUCCUAAAUAAUUACCCAGCCUGAAAAGUUUUAAAAACACUGGCGCCAGUGUCAAUUGGGUAUUUGGCAUGGUAUGGCUAAGUAGUAGGGUACUUGCAGUGCGAAGCCGGAGCCGCAAUGCACUUCCGUACGUACGGAGGAACAGUGUGCAUAUGAGCAUGAGGCGCACCGAUGGCUGUGGUCAUUGGGGUUGGCUUGUUGGUGUUAUGUUCGCCUGGCCUCCUGUCUUUAGUGUCACAAUGCUGUAAUGAAAUGCUGUUACUGAUGGGUUGUUUUGGUUGUGUGGGAUGGUCUCCCGCCCCAAUCAAGGGACGUGCGGGAGGCGCACGCCCUGUUGCACCCAUGAAGGAGCCGAGCAAUGGGCAGGCGUACGGGGCAACAUGCAAGGCCCAGGGAAUAUGAUCUCGACCUUUUUUUAACGGGUGCUGUGUCCGCGCAUGCAGA